GCAAGAGGAGUAUACGUGAACCAUAUGCCAGGGGAGCAGACCUUUCUCUCGGCAGUAAUUCGGUUAUUUUUGCGUCUGUUGUGUUAUUACUAAAGUAGGUUACCUACAUUUAAGUUAAUUGUACUGUAGCAAAAAGAAUGGGCUGCGCAAUAUCAGGACUGGCACCGAAAACACUUGGAGAGACAAAAACGGAAGAAGAGGUUGCGCAUCUCAACGAGAAGCAAAUCCAGAUGAUCAAAGAGUCCUGGAAAGUUAUCCAGGAGGACAUUGCGAAAGUUGGAAUUAUUAUGUUCGUCAGGUUAUUUGAGACCCAUCCAGAAUGCAAGGAUGUAUUCUUCCUGUUCCGAGACGUGGAGGACCUUGAGAUGUUACGAACCAGCCGGGAGCUCAGGUCACAUGGCCUACGAGUAAUGUCCUUCAUUGAGAAAAGUGUGGCCAGAUUGGACCAGCUGGAGAGACUAGAUGUUCUGGCUGUGGAGCUAGGGAUGAGCCAUUACCAUUACAACGCCCCACCCAAAUACUACAGCUAUGUAGGAGCAGAAUUCAUCUGUGCUGUCCAACCCAUUCUCAAAGAGAGAUGGACCCCUGAACUUGAGGAGGCAUGGAAGACCCUGUUCCUGUACCUGAGCAGGCUUAUGAAGCAGGGCUACCAGGAGGAGACAAGCAGACAUCACCAUGAGGCAGCAUCCUGCAAGGAAAGGCCAGAGAAGAGGAACACACCCAGAUGAGAGGCCUGGUUAUGGCUGGCCUCCACCCAGAGACUGUUGAGCAUAGCACAAAAAUGUGGCACGUGGCUUUUAGCUGUGUAUAUAGUGUAUUUAUCGCUUACAGUAUUCAUUUUCUACAUACAGUUGAAGUUGGAAGUUUAUAUACACUUAGGUUGGAAUAGUUUUUCAACCACUCCACAAAUUCCUUGUUAACAAACUAGAGUUUUGGCAAGUCGGUUAGGACAUCUACUUUGUGCAUGACAAGUAAUUUUUCCAACAAUAGUUUACAGAUUAUUUCACUUAUAUUUCACUGUAUCACAAUUCCAGUGGGUCAGAAGUUUACAUACACUAAGUUGACUGUGCCUUGAAACAGCUUGGAAAAUUGUAGACCUCCACAAGUCUGGUCCAACGCCUAAAGGUACCAUGUUCAUCUGUACAAACAAUAGUACGCAAGUAUACACACCAUGGGACCACUCAGCCGUCAUACCGCUCAGGCAGGAGAUGCGUUCUGUCUCCUAGAGAUGAACGUACUUUGGUGCGAAAAGUGCAAAUCAAUCCCAGAACACCAGCAAAGGACCUUGUGAAGAUGCUGGAGGAAACCGGUACAAAGUAUCUAUAUCCACAGUAAAACGAGUCCUAUAUCGACAUAACCUGAAAGGCCGCUCAGCAAGGAAGAAGUCACUGCUCCAAAACCGCCAUAAAAAAAGCCAGACUACGAUUUAAAACUACACAUGGAGACAAAGAUCGUACUUUUUGGAGAACUGUCCUCUGGUCUGAUGAAACAAAACUAGAACUGUUUGGCCAUAAUGACCAUCUUUAUGUUUGGAGGAAAAAGGGGGAGGCUUGCGAGCCAAAGAACACCAUCCCAACCAUGAUGCACGAUGGUGGCAGCAUCAUGUUGUGGGAGUGCUUUGCUGAAGGAGGGACUGGUGCACUUCACAAAAUAGAUGGCAUCAUGAGGGAGGAAAAUUAUGUGGAUAUAUUGAAGCAACAUCAGUCAGGAAGUUAAAGCUUGGUUGCAAAUGGGUCUUCCAAAUGAACAAUGAACCCAAGCAUACUUCCAAAGUUAUAGUAAAAUGGCUUCAGGAUAACAAAGUCAAGGUACUGGAGUUGCCAUUACAAAGCCCUGAUCUCAAUUCUAUAGAAAAUUUGUGUGCAGAACUGAAAAAGUGUGUGCGAGCAAGGAGGCCUACAAACCUAACUCAGUUACACCAGCUGCGCCAGGAGGAAUGGGACAAAAUUCACCCAACUUAUUGUGGGAAGCUUGUGGAAGGCUACCUGAAACGUUUGACCCAAGUUAAACAAUUUAACUUUUUAUGGCUGCCCUCCCGCUAACGGGAUAAUUGUCAUCAACAACCGCUGAAUUGCAUAGCGCCACAUUCAAAUAAUAUUACUAAAAAUAUGUAUAUUCAUGAAAUCACAAGUGCAAUAUAGCAAAACACAGCUUAGCCUUUUGUUAAUCUACCUGUCUUGUCAGAUUUUGAAAAUAUGCUUUACAGCGAAAGCAAUCCAAGCAUUUGUGUAAGUUUAUCGAUCGCUCGACAAAACAUUAUGUACACCUAGCAUCAAUUAGCUUGGUCACGAAAAUCUGAAAAGCAAUCAAAUUAAUCGUUUACCUUUGAUGAUCUUCGGAUGUUUUCACUCACGAGACUCCCAGUUACACAAUAAAUGUUCCUUUUGCUCCAUAAAGAUUAUUUUUAUAUCCAAAAUACCUCAGUUUGUUUGGUGCGUUAUGUUCAGAAAUCCACAGGAAAGAGCGGUCACGACAACGCAGACAAAUUCCAAAUAGUAUCCGUAAUGUCCACAGAAACAUGUUGAACGUUGUUUUUAAAAUAUAUAAUAGAUAAUAUAUCAAUCACAACUGUCUUUUUCAGUCAGAGAGGGAAAGGCAAUGGCUGCCCAAACUCUGUUACGCAUACAAAACGCAGCUGGCACCCGGCCAUACAAUGACGAUAUCUUUCUCGCUCAUUUUUCAAAAUAAAAGCCUGAAACUAUGUCUAAAGACCGUUGACACCUUGAGGAAGCGAUAGGAAAAGGAAUCUGGUUGAUAAUGGAGCAAAGGCAGGCUAUGGAGCAUGGAGUUUUCAAACUAGAAGCUAAUUCCUGGUUAGAUUUUCAUCAGAGUUUCACCUGCAAUAUCAGUUCUGUUAUACCCACAGACAAUAUUUUGACAGUUUUGGAAACUUUAGUGUUUCCUAUCCAAUACUAAUAAUAAUAUGCAUAUAUUAACAAGACUGAGGAGCAGGCCGUUUAGUAUGGGCAACUUAUUCAUUCAAGCUAUUCAAUACUGCUCCCCAGCCAUAAGAAGUUAAAGGCAAUGUUACCAAAUACGAAUUGUAAACUUCUGACCCACUGGGAAUGUCAUGAAAGAAAUAAAAGCUGAAAUAAAUCACUCUACUAUUAUUCUGACAUUUCACAUUCUUAAAAUAAAGUCAUCAUCCUAACUGACCUAAGACAGGGAAUUUUUACUAGGAUUAAAUGCCAGGAACUGUGAAAAAAUGAGUUUAAA